GUUCGUCGUGUCCAUGGUUUACUAUGGACUUUCACUGAACUCCGUGAACCUGGGCAGUAACCCUUAUCUAAGCUUCUUCCUCGCCGGCCUGGUUGAAAUUCCCGCAUACCUAGUCGUCAUGUACACCUUGAAGCGCUACGGACGCAGACUGUCUACAUCUGCGACGAUGUUGGCUAGCGGCAUCAGUUGCCUGGUGACGGCUCUGCCGUUCUUACAAGGAUAUGACGAGUUGAUCGUCGGGCUUGCGACAUUCGGCAAGUUUUGCGUCUCAAUGACGUUCUCCGUCGUCUACCUGUACAGCGCCGAAAUAUAUCCGACCGUAGUGCGUAACGCGGGCGUCGGCAGUAACUCAGUAUUCGCCCGAGUCGGCGCUAUCCUCGCUCCUUACAUAUCCAUGCUGGGAACAUACUCGCCGACUUUGCCUCUUGUAAUAUUUGGAAUUCCGGCAGUAAUAGCCGGGGUGUUAGCAAUGUUCUUGCCUGAAACAAUGGACAAGGUACUGCCCGAAACUCUGAACGACGGAGAGCAGUUUGGCAGGGACCAAAGAUUUUGGCAGUUCCUGCCUAUAAAGAGGAACACAAAAGAAUCCCAAUCGACGCCGAAGCCGGUCGCAGUGUGACGCCAUCGUUCAGGCGACCAUGCAGUGACUGUGAAUCUCGCACAUCUGGAUUCUGAUCGUCAGGGCACCGAGUAGCUUGCCCCUAUAGCUGUACAAACUCUCGGCAAACGCCAACAAGAUCGUUAUGUAAAAUAUUCACAUAAGCUGGCCGAGCCCAUGUAGAAUACGGACAUAAAAGGCCGUGAGUAAUGUAACAGUUUUACAUUGCUAGCAGCGCGCUAUCUGAAAUAGUGACGUAGUUACUGGGCGUGAUGUCAGUAUUUCACCUACUGGCGGACGGAUUAACUGCAAACUCAGAUGAUCAGCUGGCGGAGGGAAGAGCUGAUUUAAACGCGCUGAUCGUUGUCGGAAUACAACCCAAAAUUUUCUGCGGUAGAAAGCUUGCUAAAGAGCUGCUGAACCGUGUCGGCCGAAUCAAUCAAUCAUUUACCGAUUAAAUACUUUAUCGGAUGUUUUACCUGAUCGAAUUCCUAAGCGAUGCAUACCAAAAUUACGCGUUUAUUAAUGACACUCAUUUGAAAUAGACAUGCCGCGCCCUGUGAAUAAACGAAAUGAAACAAA